GCAAUGCUUCCUCAUGGGUGAGAUAGAGUUAAAGAAUCUUGUUGUGAUUAUUACAGGCGCCGGUGGAGGCCUGGGAAGGCAGUACGCACUGAGCUUUGCGUCUCGCGGUGCCAAGGUGGUGGUGAACGAUUUAGGGGGCACGCUUGGCGGAUCGGGCACGUCGACCAAGGCAGCUGACGUUGUUGUCGAUGAGAUUCGUGAGGGUGGCGGCACGGCGGUCGCCAACUACGACAACGUCGUGACUAAUCCUGACGGAAUCGUUCGGACAGCUGUGGAGGCAUUCGGCACGGUGCAUGUCCUGAUCAACAACGCUGGAAUAUUGAAGGACGCCGCGUUCAAAAACAUGACUGAAAAACAGUUUCUCGAUGUUCUGGACGUCCAUCUGAACGGGGCUUUUAAACUCACCAAACUGUGCUGGCCGCUUUUCCGGCAGCAAAAAUUCGGCCGCAUCAUCAUGACGACGUCUCCUGCCGGGCUCUAUGGCAACUUUGGACAGACAAACUAUUCUGCUGCCAAAAUGGGGCUUGUGGGACUCGCAGAGACGCUUGCCAAAGAGGGAGCCAAGUACAAUAUCAGGACAAACGCCAUUGCUCCGCUAGCCAAGUCCAGAAUGACAGAGACUGUCAUGCCACCAGACGUGCUGAAGAAACUCUUGCCCGAAAAGGUCGCUCCUCUGGUUCUGUAUUUGUCGUCCCGUGGAUGUAACUGCUCUGGAUGCAUCUUUGAGGUGGCUGCUGGUCUGUUUGCGCAGAUUAGAUGGGAACGCAGUGGCGGUCUCUUGCUCAAGCCAGACGAGUCGCUCACACCAGAGGCUAUUCUCACCAAAUUCUCGCAGGUGACAGAUUUCGAAAACCCGCAAUAUCCUACUCACCUAAACGAUUACAACUCCUUGCUGGAAACGGCAAAAAAACUUCGUCCAAACGACCAGGGAAGUAUCAGAAUAUCAUCUUUAAAAGACAAAGUGGUGAUCAUCACCGGGGCAGGCUCGGGCCUCGGAAGACACCACGCAUUGUGGUUCGCCAGAUACGGCGCAAAGGUCGUUGUGAAUGAUUUGCAGGACCCUUCAGGCGUGGUGGAUGAGAUUGAGCAAGCUGGGGGUACCGCGGUUGGCGCUCGGUUCAACGUCUACAGUGAGACAGACAAAAUUGUGAAAACUGCCUUGGACACAUUUGGCACCGUCAACAUUCUCGUCAACAAUGCAGGUAUUCUUAGGGACCGUUCUUUCGCCAAGAUGACGCAGCAGGAGUGGGAUCACGUGAUCCAAAUUCAUCUGGUGGCCACGUUCCGACUUUGCAAGCUUGUGUGGCCCAUUUUCUUAGAGCAAAAAGGCGGCUGCAUCAUCAAUACGACCUCGACGUCAGGCAUCUACGGCAAUUUCGGGCAGGCAAAUUACGCCGCGGCCAAGGCUGCUGUUCUCUCCUUCACGCGCAGUCUCUCUUUGGAAGGUGCCAAGGCCAAUAUCCGGUGCAAUGCAAUCGCACCGCAUGCGGAAACAUCAAUGACAAAGACGAUAUUCAAGAGCGAUGAGCUGAACAAGUUCAGUGCCGACCAGGUCUCGCCUCUUGUUGUUCUUCUGGCCAGCGACGAGGUGAAAGUAAGCGGCGAGCUAUAUGAGGUGGGUGCUGGAUGGGUUGGCAAUACACGGUGGCAGCGGGCCAUUGGUGCGGUUUCUCACGACGACCAUAUUUCACCGGAGUUUAUCGAACAGCAUUGGGCUGAAAUCACAGACUUCAGCAAAGGCAUGAAUAUGAAGAGUACGCAGCAAUCAGCUAUGGCUAUUUUGGAAAGUGUUGGAAGCAAAGACGAAGACGAAGACGAAGAAGAGGAGGACGAAGAAGAGGAAGAGGAAGAGGUUGCAUCUGUUAGGACCGAUGGAUAUCACUAUGAUCACCGCCAGGUGAUUUUAUACAAUCUGUCCGUUGGCUGUCACGCGGAAGAGCUCAAGUACGUGUACGAGAAUGACGACGAUUUCCAGGCUGUUCCGACUUUUGGCGUGAUUCCGUUUUUGAAUGAAGGAUCAGAAUCGUUCGACUUCAGCGACCUAGUGAAAAACUUCGACAUGACCAAGCUUCUCCAUGGAGAACACUAUCUGAAAAUUGCAAAGCAAAUUCCUACCUCUGGAAAAUUGAGAACCAAGUCUUUCCCUGUUGCUGUGUUCAACAAGCACAAAAAUGGUAAGAAGAACAGCCUGGUGAUUGAGGGAUAUGAAACGCACGACGAGAAGGAUGAGCUGGUUUUCUACAACCAAGGGUCGUACUUUAUCCGGAACAGUGAGACGGUCAGUGGAAAAGACAAAGUGUUCAACAAGCGGUCUAUUCCCUUCUUGCAAAAUAGCUUCGAGGCGCGUGGUCCGCCAGAUUUUGAGUCGACGUACACAACGUUCACCGACCAGGCGGCAUUGUACCGUUUGAACGGAGAUUUUAACCCGUUGCACAUCGAUCCUGUCUUUGCGCGCGGCGGAAACUUUUCCAGGCCCAUCCUGCACGGACUGGGGACAAUGGGAAUCAGUGCCAAGCUUCUAAUGGACCAUUAUGGCGUGUUUGAUGAGAUCAAAGUAAGGUUCACCAGCGUGGUGUAUCCUGGUGAGCAGCUCAGGGUUCUGGGCUGGAAGAGCGGCCAGACGGUGAUCUUCCAAACAUGGAGUGUCGAUAGAAACUGUUUGGUGAUUGAUCGUGCAGGAAUACGACUCAAAGAAACAAAGUCGAAGCUGUGAUGUAUUAAAGUUUAUAACGUUGCUUUAUAGCGACCGCUGUCCCAUGUCUCGUUCAAAUGGUGGCCCAAAAAUGAUUGACUCAAUUUAACGAGCUUGUGGUCGCAUUCGUCGUUGGUCUUUUCUAUGACGGCCUUGUACUGCUCCAGAGCAGAGUGUAGCUCGUCUAUGUUAGACACACCGAUCACUGUCUUGCCCUGUUUAGGCAGCCAUUCGCGAAUCGCAAACCGCGUAGCUAGCUCGGCAAGCUCGGUGUUGUGGUGUUCUUUAAGAGCGACCGCCAGCUCAGAGCAGGCCUGCUUCAAUUUCGGCGAGCCAGGGUGGAACGGUCUGGUUUCCUGGGAUCUCAGCAACGACAUAGACAAAAUAGAGGCGUUAUUCAACAGUUGGAUGCCUGUUUCCAUGAACUUGUCGUACCACUGCGCCAGCAGGGUGUUUUGCAGACACAUGUUGGAAUAACUGAGCACCAGGUCCAGCUUCCCGAUACCUGGCUUCGACACACACUCAGAUGCAAUACGAUGGAGGAAGGCGACAGGGUAGCCGGAAAUCCCAACGUAUCUGAUCAGUCCCUGCUUUUUGAGUUGCAUCAGUGUCUGGAGCGCCUCAAAAAUCCCGGCAUCGUCCACAAACUCCACGUCGUGCAAAUACACCACAUCCAAAUACUCGGUGUUGAGCCGCUUCAAAGACCGAUAAACGGACGUUUUGACCCAAGCUUGCGAGUAAUCAAACUCAUCCAGCUGGAUACGGCCCACCUUGGUGCAGAUAUAAUAGUUGUCUCGAGACACCUUGCCCGAAUCCAGCAGCUUUUUCAAGGCGUCGCCAAUCAGUUCCUCAGAAGGACCGUAGUAGGGAGACGUAUCGAUAGCGUUGAUACCAUUUUCGAAAGCCGUGUACAGUAGGUCGCAGAUGUGCAUGGAGUACGGGUCGUCGUUGUACUGGGUGUUGAAGGUAGCACCGCCAAGCACCAGCGGCGAGAUAUCUUGGAGACGGC